GGUUCUUGCUGUUUACGUCAUGACGUAGCAUCGCUCACAGACGUCAUUUGGUAACGCCCCCAACACGGGCGGAGUCAAACAGUUGCUUCCCCUGUGUAGAAAAUGUCAUUUGUUUUUACAGAUACAAAUCAUCAGAUUUGAACGGUAAUCGGUACGUAAAAAUCACAGGGAGCUUCCAUUACAAAAACGCCACCAAGACCGAGUAAAGUGAUUGAAGACUCUGAGACGCGCACAAAAUGUCUGCGAACUCCGGGAACACGAACACGGAACCAUGGGGAAGCUUCGACGAUCACCUCGUCCAGGGCGGAGGCUCGGCAGUCAUCGACAUGGAGAACAUGGACGACACAUCGGGCUCCAGCUUUGAGGAUAUGGGAGAGAUGCAUCAGAGAAUGAAGGAAGAAGAGGAAGUGGCGGCGGAGGCGGCGGACGCCGACGAUGACGACGGAGAGUUCUUGGGCAUGAAGGGGUUAAAGGGCCAGCUGGGCAGGCAGGUGGCGGACGAAGUGUGGCAGGCGGGAAAGCGGCAGGCUUCCCGAGCCUUCAACCUGUACGGCAACAUCGACAUCCUGAGGCCAUACUUUGACGUGGAACCCGUUCAGGUGCGCAGCAGGUUAAUUGAGUCGCUGAUCCCCGUCCGCAUGAUCAACUUCCCUCAGAAGAUUGCAGGCGAGCUGUAUGGACCUCUCAUGCUGGUCUUCACACUGGUUGCCAUCUUGUUGCACGGCAUGAAGACGUCUGGGACCGUCAUUAGAGAAGGCACUCUGAUGGGGACCGCCAUCGGAACGUGCUUUGGCUACUGGGUUGGAGUUUCGUCUUUCAUCUACUUCCUUGCAUAUGUGGUUAACGCUCAGAUCACCAUGUUGCAAACGCUCUCCCUGCUGGGCUACGGCUUGUUUGGCCACUGUGUAGUCCUCCUGGUGAGCUACAACGUGCACUUCCACUUCCUGUUCUACGCGCUGUGGCUGCUUCUGGGAGGACUGUCCACCCUGCGCAUGGUAGCAGCGCUGUUGUCCCGUACGGUCGGUCGGACUCCCCGCCUCCUCCUGUGUGGGACGGUGUCGUUCCUCCACAUGCUCUUCCUGCUCUACCUUCACUUUGCCUACCACAAAAUUGUUGAAGGCAUUUUGGACUCCCUAGAAGGACCCAACUUCGCCGCCAUGCAGAGAGUGGCCAGAGACGUACCCCAAGUUAGGCUCAAUUCCACCGUGACGAAUGUGGCGGCGAUGGCAGCGGUCGCCAUUUGAGCCCCACGCAGCCAUCUAUGUAUUUCUAUUUCAAACUUAUGUUGUGGUGACGCCUAAAGUGGGAACGUCUGCUUCUGGUUUCUGGGAAUCGAACCAUCAGCCACACGUUGCAUUCUUUAGCACAUGUCCACAUCGACUCUGUGUAAAGCGGUAUUUAUUCCUCCUUGGCUCCAGAUGACUCUUCACAGCACCACCAGCUAGUUUGUUAGCAACAGUGCUAUCACAAAACACAUUGCACAAAAAAUGCUUGAUAUUCUUCACAAUGACCAUAAGGGGGCGUGGCGUUCAUGGCUGUCACUCACGGCUCCCAGGAAGAGGGUGGGAUGGAGUGAGCUGGAACGCCAGCGCCCCCCAUUGCAGUACCUAGCCGUGACAGCACCCUUUUCCAUUUGGCCUCCAAGCCAGUAGGUGUCCCCGCUGAGUCAGAGGCAUGACAAGUCGUGUUGGUGUUUUAUUGUUACUACUAGAACACAACACAUACAGAUACUAUAUAUUUGUGUUGUAUGUAUAAUUACAUUUCCUCUUCAUUUGGGGACAUUAAAGAGCAAAUUUGUUCUGGUAUA